AUGACCUCCUUGCAACUUAGCCCGCCUGAAGUUACCAGGGUGGGAGAGUCGAGUGAUCGCAAGCCUGAAGUUACCAGGGUGGGGCAGUCUAGUGAUCGCCAGCCUGAAGUUACUAGGGUGGGGCAGUCGAGUGAUCGCCAACCUGAAGUUACCAGGGUGGGGCAGUCGAGUGAUCAGAAGCCUGAAGUUACCAGGGUGGGGCAGUCUAGUGAUCGCCAGCCUCAAGUUACUAGGGUGGGGCAGUCGAACGAUCGCCAGCCUGAAGUUACCAGGGUGGGGCAGUCUAGUGAUCGCCAGCAUGAAGUUACUAGGGUGGGGCAGUCGAGCGAUCGCCAGCCUGAUGUUACCAGGGUGUGGCAGUCUAGUGAUCGCAAGCCUGAAGUUACCAGGGUGGGGCAGUCUAGUGAUCGCCUGCCUGAAGUUAAUAGGGUGGGGCAGUCGAGCGAUCGCCAGCCUGAUGUUACCAGGGUGGGGCAGUCUAGUGAUCGGCAGCCUGAAGUUACUAGGGUGGGGCAGUCGAGCGAUCGCCAGCCUGAAGUUACCAGGGUGGGGCAGUCGAGCAGUCGCCAGCCUGAAGUUACUAGGGGGGGGCAGUCGAGCGAUCGCCAGCCUGAAGUUACCAGGGUGGGGCAGUUGAGCGAUCGAGCGAGGGAUUUGCAGGCCCAUGCAGCGUCCUUAAGCUUGGAAAGUCAGGAAGCAGGAGCAAGUCCCACAGCUACCACCACGAAUUAG